AAUGGUUUCACUAUUGUCUAUGGUGAAAAUUCACAAAAGCAUGACGGCAGUUACCUAUUUGUGAAGAUAUUCUAAAAUUAAUAAUAAAUCGAAGAGCACACCGGGUCUCGAUACCUGCUCCAUAGUUUAUUUGUGAUAAGUUACUCAUUUUUCUGACGGCAUGAUGGUGGAAGGGUCAGCGUUUACGCGUAACGAUGUGUUCCAAAUGGCAAUACGAGUUGCAUUUGUGUCCGCGGUAACGUAUUUCUCAAUAAAAUGGGUCGUGAACCUGAUAGAUCCAACGUCCAAGAGUCGGAAGAAAGCGGAGGAACGAGCUCGCGAACAGUUACGCAAGAUGUCUUGCAGAGCGGGGCUGGGGAACAAGCACAGCAUUGCUCUGGACAAGCUCACCGACCAUGAGAUGAUCAUCGCCUCCCAGCUGGUUGUACCGGAUGAGAUAAGUGUAAACUGGAAGGACAUAGCGGGCCUAGACUACCUAAUUCAGGAACUGCGGGAGACGGUUAUCCUGCCGAUACAGAAACGCGAGCUUUUCGCCGACAGCCGACUCACGCAGCCGCCCAAGGGUGUAUUGUUGCAUGGACCCCCAGGUUGCGGCAAAACGUUGAUAGCUAAGGCGACAGCUAAGGAGGCGAAUAUGAGUUUCAUAAACCUAGACGUGUCGCUACUUACUGACAAAUGGUAUGGAGAGACGCAGAAGCUGGCGGCCGCCGUCUUCAGUCUCGCAGUCAAGUUGCAGCCCUGUAUUGUGUUCAUAGACGAGAUCGAGUCGUUCCUGCGCACGCGCACGCAACACGACCACGAGGCGACCGCCAUGAUGAAGACGCAGUUCAUGUCGCUGUGGGACGGACUCAUCACAGACCCCACCUGCACUGUCAUCAUCAUGGGCGCGACCAACCGGCCGCAGGACCUGGACAAGGCCAUCCAGCGGCGCAUGCCGGCCACGUUCCACGUGCCCAUGCCCAGCGACACGCAGCGCGAGCGCAUCCUGCAGCUCAUCCUGCGCUCAGAGCCCGUCGCGCCAGACAUCGACUUCAAGCGGCUGGCGUCGUCCACGGAGGGUUUCUCCGGGUCGGACCUGCACGAGCUGUGUCGGCAGGCCGCCGUGUACCGCGUGCGGGACCUCGCAAGGGAGGAGAUGGCAAGGGAGAUGAACGAGAACCAAUCAGCUCAAAAUAACACAACGGAUUCGGACGAGGAAUACGUGGACGCAGUCCGCCCCAUCACGAUGGACGACCUCCGCAUGUCGCUCACCAAGCUCAAGGAGUCCAAGAUCCAGUGCGGGACCCUCGCGCCCUCCAUGCGGAUAGACCUCGACUAGCUGGAGGAAUAUCUAGCGGUCUUCGGCGAUAGUUUCCUCAAAUGUGAAUUAAACGUAAAUACUUAAACACUGAACUCACACAAGCUCGCCUUUGCCAUACCGAAAUUAAAAAAUCAUUCUGUCAUAAUGACCUUUGAUAUAACAGUUGCUGGCACAGCUGAGUUUGUGUGAUGCAGUUAAGAUGUUGCCAGUUCAAAUAAAUUAAAAUAAUUUUGCCGACAUUAGGUACUUAUAAAGUUUAAUCGGUACGUGUUAUUAGUUAGAAAAAUAUUUAAAAAGUGAAUAGUUUUAUUCUGAUAGUCUGCGACUGUACUGACGUUCAAGAUUGGUCUACAGUAAACUAAAGGUCUAAUCAUACAUUUUAUCUAAAUAAGACCUUAUUGUCAGUAUGUCAAGGAAUAUAUUCAAGAUUUAUCGUUAUAUCUUAAAUCAGAGGUAACAAAAAUAUUUAUUUCUACAAAGUUAUUCUUGUAAUCUAAUCUCGACAUUAUAUCUUGGUAUUUACGUACUAAAAUCAAUUGUCUCAAAGAUCGCUAGGUUAUUGAUAAGGGUUUAUUAGAUGAGAUCACCCAAGUCUAUGUCUGUGCUUAGGUUGAUGCUAGUCUUAUUGAAAUGGGAUCAUAAUGAGUUACUAAAUGGAGUAGAUAAUGUGUGAUAGUAUGACAAAACUAUUUUAAUUAAAUUUUGACAACCCUUGGGUAAUAAAAUAGGGUUGGAGUAUUUUCAUUAGUAGAUUCAGCUAGGAGUGAACUAUUUUAGGUGACUUUACCAUUUCAACAAGGAUUUUCUUUUAAGUUCUUCCUGUUUUUAUUAGAUUUUGGCUAUUUUGUUGCUUUGUGCAACUGCUAUCUUCAAAUUAAUAAAUAGUGACCCAACAACUCAACCUUAAUAUGGCUAGUCUUUCAAGGUUAUCCUUUUAUGAAACAAUAAUGUAAUAAAUAUUUCUGCUCCAUUUAGGAACUCAGUAAAGUCCUGUAAAUUCUGUUACCAUUGAUAUUGUAAAUUAUUACGUUGUGCAACAUUCGAGUGUUCUGCAGUCGAAAAUCAACCCUAUUUGGUAUGUAGUUGGUUUUAGAUUUAAAAGUUAUGUAUUUGUUUAAAGACAUAUUCAUUAUACAUUCUGUUAGGACCUGUCUGUAUCAAGGCCAUUACAUAGGACACUCUAAUAUCAACUCUAAGGCUUUGGUAGAAAGUUAUUAAUUAAUAGACAUAAAUCGAUCAGGAGCGUUGGAGACCACGAUGUUCAUUUUUGCACCUUUACCCAUAGUCUUAAAGUCCAUUUUUGAGUGGCAGAAAUCGCUAGACGUGUAGUAGUAUGUCUUUAAAUCAAAUAUAUCGCGCCUGUAGUAUAGUUAGGUGGAAAUUGUUUUCCGUGACUUACGGUGUCGGAGAGUGGAAAUUUGGUUGCCGUGUGAAUGAGGAUUGUAAAAGUAAGUUCAUGAUGUAUUGGAUUUUGAACUUUAUGUUAAUGGAUUAAGGUUUACAUCUAAUCUCAACCUUAUCCCUAAUUUUGCUCAUCUCGUUGAACGAGUCCUCUAGGCUAUGCGUGUUCUUUGCUGAUAAAAUAUUCGUUAAGUAAAAGCUAUUUGAUUUCAAUCGAUUAUUUAUUCGAUUAUCAAUAAAAAAUCAAUGAAUAUAUUUCUUCGAAACUUGGUAUGGAACAUACAUGUUUCGCGAAGUUACUACUUUAUCAUAAUUCUGAAGUAAUAAGUUAAAAAUCCAAUACGUCAGCAAUAUGCACAUUGUGAUUGCAUGAAUGUCAUAAACGUGCCGUUUCUUUCUCUUUAAUGAUUGACGGCACAAGUGCAAAAGAGAUAAAAAUAUUUUAGACGUAAAAUUAAGAGGCUUCACGUGGAUAUACCGGGGUCUGAUAGAAUAGACUCGCUAAGCUGCAUAUCAGCUAUUUCUGUGAAAUAAUAAAUGCAUAAUGAACUUUGAUUAAAGACAAGUUUCGUUAGGAAACUACCCAGCGCGGUGACUAUAAACUCUUAAAGUAUGACUGUUGCCUUUGUAAAAGCGGGAUAGCGAUACCGUAGUGUAGUGCGCCGUCUCGUAUCCACAGUAGCAACAGCCCUGCUUUGAGUUCGUAGUACAGGUACUGAUCGUCCUAUAUAAAUAACAAUAUACUUAAUAAAAAUAUUUAUAUUGAAUGUGAUGCAUGUUUUCUGAGGGCAACAUCUUGGCAACGACAUACGACCCAAAUUCUUCUAUCCAUCUGUAAUUUUCUCUAGAAUACAUGUUAAAAACUAAUGUUUACAAGAUGGAUAGUUUAAUUUGCUUCGUAACGAUAGAUAACGAUUUAAUUGAUGCGAUUGGGUUCAGCGACUGUUGGACAUACUUGUACUCUAGUGGAAAGUGAAUUAAUCAAUUAGUAACACUGAAUCAUUCAACUUUCGAUUGAUUGAGAAACAACAGGUGCGUCUUGAAACCAGUAUGCCUCUAUUGGUUUAACAUCAAUACAAUUUAGAAAAUAAAUGUUUAUUUUUUAAUUGAAUUGAUGUUACUCGAAAUGUUAUUACCUUGAUGCUACGUACGUAUGAAGCGUGGAAGUUUGUAUUGGUUUAUGUACCUGUAGGCUGCCCAAAGAUAUUUACAAAGUACAAUAAACUAAAUGGUAGCGCGAAUGAGUAUUAGAAAUAUUCACUCAGCCCAUAAUACUUCGCAAUAGUUUAUAUGUUAUCGUUAAAAGUCCUUGGAAUGUUCUAAACAAGUAAAAUUGAAAACAUGGUUUGUGUCUACUUUGCCGGCGAAGAAAGACGAAUUGUAUGAAAAGAAAACUUUAUUAGAUACUCUUAAUGUAAAGUGAAUUGGGUUCAAUUGACAGAUGAUACUAAAAAAUAUAUUUAUUGAUUGUUGAAAAUGUAGAUUGGCUUGUCGAUUUUAUUACUGUGUCGAUAGAUAAGAUGGUUGUAAUGAUUCUAAAGUGCGUUGGACGUAUUGUUUGAUUUAAUAAAGUAGUGUAAUAAAAUCGAUUCGAAUACUCAGGUGAAAUAACCUGGGUUACGAAUCGAAAGUCACAACAUAUCUAUCGACGUCUUUGAGUAAUACACCACUAUGGUAGUCCUACGUUAUGUAUUGUGAGAAUGGGCGUGGGCCGGGCUGGGUUAAACAUUUGGAGCCAGAUUGUAUACAAGAAUUGAUGAUGUUACUUUUUUAAAGUGCUAUCUGAUGCCGACUUGUAAUGGUCAAAUGUGAAUGUAUUUCAGCUUUACUAUUGCAUUAUAUAGUGUGUGUAGUGUGCCUACCCCCGGCUAUGCCCGCGACUGUGUGCAUUUCAUUCGGCUUUUUAUAAUAGUUUGUAGUUUUUGUAUUGCGUAUUAGAAGGGUUAGGCUCGGGCUGUGUCGAUAAAUUGUUGUUUUAUAAUACGUUGUUUCGUUGAUAACGCGUUAUUAACGCUUUGUGUAAAUCGUUUUGAUGAUCGCAGUUUUGUAACUUUUGAUAUUGGUCUAUGAUUAAAAACGCUCGUUUUAAGACAAUAACAUGCGAAAUUUGAUAAAAUUAAACAAAAUAUUUGAUCUAACAACAAUGAAUGAAUUCGUUUUAUCAUGAAAACUGUUAAGAGAUACAAAACUAUGAUUUUCGUGUUAUUUAGAUUUUGCACAAAAGUUAGCAAUAAUAAUCUGGUGAUUUAAUUAAAACUAAUUUAAAUGAAAUAAAGUGAUUGAUAAUAAGUUAUUUUUGGUUCUACAGAAAUAAGUUUCCUUGGCCGUUAUUAGCAGUUUCUUUUUGUUAUAUUUGUCUCUGAUUUUGUUUAAUGUAUAUUGUUAGUAUUUGUUGGUGCAGUAUGACUGCUUGUUUUAUGUAAACAAUGAUUCCAGACCUGGGCGUGUAACUCGCGAAACAUUCAUAAAAUGUUUGUCAUUUACUUUGACUAGGUUUUAAUGUUUUUUUUUGACGUGUCAACAGUACUUUUGUCAAAUAUUGGCUUCGCAAGUACCCGGUCGAUAUUUGACAAAAGCCCAUGAUUUUCAUUUAUUGUCUUUACAAGUUGUACCUAAUUCUUUUUUGAUGUAUUUUUGUCUCGCUGAACAGCUUCGUUGUUUUUUAUUGCAAAGGAAGGAAUUAGUUAUUUAAACAUAUUUAUUGUGUAAAUAAAAGCAAUAAAUUAAAUA